AUGACUAAACGACAAAUCGGUGCGAUGCUUGGUGCACAUAGGUCCGAGGGUGAACCGGAAAGGAAUGAAAUCUGCUCCAUUCCAGCUCAUGGUGAUACUAAUGGCCUAGCAGUGCUUAAUUCUCAAUCAGAAGUAGACAAUGAAUCGGAUUUUGAAUUAGCGCCUUAUUCAAGGUUCAGUCACACCCAAAAAAUGCUUCUUGUCGUUCAGUGCGCUUUCACAGGUUUCUUUUCCACGGUUGCAGGGUCCAUAUAUUAUCCCGUGCUUACUGUGAUUGAAAAGAAGUUCGACAUCACUGAGGAGUUGGCUAAUGUCACUAUUGUGGUUUAUUUUGUCUUCCAAGGAGUGGCACCCUCGAUUAUGGGCGGAUUGGCUGAUACGUUUGGAAGGCGACCCGUUGUACUGUGGGCAGUGUUAACAUACUGCUGUGCUUGUAUUGGAUUAGCAUGCUCGCAUAAUUACGCCCAAAUCCUGGCAUUAAGGUGUUUGCAAGCGGCAGGCAUUUCUCCUGUUAUCGCAAUAAAUAGUGGGAUAAUGGGCGACAUAACUACAAAAGUGGAGAGGGGCGGGUACGUUGGAUUAGUGUCGGGUUUUCAAGUAGUCGGAACUGCAUUUGGUGCACUGAUUGGAGCCGGAUUAUCAUCAAGAUGGGGUUGGAGAGCCAUUUUUUGGUUUUUGGCAAUAGGUUCCGGAAUCUGUUUGGUUGUUUCCGCUCUCUUUUUACCUGAAACAAAAAGAACGUUGGUGGGAAAUGGCUCAUUAACGCCAAGGUCGUUUUUAAAUAGGGCCCUCAUACUACGUGUUGCCAGCGUGAGGAAAACCCUUCACUUAGAUGAUCCUGAACUGGACACGUUAGAACCACGUGCUAGAGUGGAUUUUUUAGCUCCUAUAAAAAUUUUGCACAUACGGGAAAUAGAUAUCCUGUUAUUCAUUGCUGGUUUGCAAUUUUCUACAUGGACGACGCAUCAGACUGCAUUGACCACUGUCUUGAGUAAGCGGUAUGGUUUAUCAGUCGCCAAAAUUGGCCUUUGCUUUUUGCCAGCAGGAAUUUCCACACUGACGAGUGUUAUCUCGGCUGGUAGAUAUUUAAAUUGGAGCUAUAGAACAAGAAAAGUCAAAUAUAACAAAUGGAUAAAAGAGCAAGAGCUGCGAUUGAUUGAACAGUACAAGGGUGAUUGCGAUAAAGUGGCUGAAGUUCUUCAGUUCGAUUAUCAUUAUACUUUUAAUUUGGUCGAAGCAAGACUACAUCCAGCAUUUGUGACACUUCUUUUCAGUAGUGUAGGGUUUACAGCAUUCGGGUGGUGUAUUUCUGUGAAAGCACCUCUUGCUGCUGUUUUGUGUACGAGUGCAUUCGCAAGUUUAUUUUCGAAUUGCAUUCUGACCUUUUCUACUACUUUAAUCGUAGAUCUAUUCCCAACGAAAGCAUCCACUGCCACAGGAUGUUUGAACCUAUUUAGAUGCAUUUUGUCAGCUGUUUUCAUUGCAGCCCUAAGUAGGAUGGCAGAGAAGAUGAAAUACGGAGGCGUUUUCACACUACUGAGUGCUUUGACUUCAUCUUCGUCUUUAUUAUUAUUUCAUCUUUUGAAGAACGGGAAAAGGAUAUCGUUCGAUAGAACUAAAGAAGCUGGUAAAAAGGCCAUUAAAGACAAGUUCGAAAAAACAAAAGCAUGA